UGCUGAGGAGCCGCGCUUGGGCGCCCCGGUCCGCCCCCGUGCCCCGCACGCGCGCUCCGAGCCCCCCGAGCCCGGCCGCCGACGCCGGCAUGAGCUGAGGGAGGCGGGUCCCCGAGAGCCCCCUGCCUCGCGCGCGGCUCGGAGUUUGAAGGGCCCCGCGCCGAGCCCCGCCGCCCGCCUGCGUCCACGCAGAACCUUCUUGCCGCCGUCUCUGGGGACCGGAGCGGCGCACGCAGGCCGGGCGCCGGCGGCGGGGCGUUCAUGAGCCGCCGGGCGGCCCGCGGCCCCGGGAGCCUGCGCCGUGACUCACCCCGCGCCCCCGCUUGUGUCUCGCCCCACCCGGCAGGAUGCCGGACCAGAUCUCCGUGUCCGAGUUCAUCGCGGAGACCACCGAGGACUACAACUCGCCCACCACGUCGAGCUUCACUACGCGGCUGCACAACUGCAGGAACACGGUCACGCUGCUGGAGGAGGCUUUAGACCAAGAUAGGACAGCUCUGCAAAAGGUGAAGAAGUCUGUGAAGGCAAUAUAUAAUUCUGGUCAAGAUCACGUUCAAAAUGAAGAAAACUAUGCCCAAAUUCUUGAUAAGUUUGGGAGUAAUUUUUUAAGUCGAGACAACCCUGAUCUUGGCACCGCUUUUGUCAAGUUUUCAACUCUUACAAAGGAACUGUCCACACUGCUGAAAAAUCUGCUCCAGGGUUUGAGCCACAAUGUGAUCUUCACCUUGGAUUCCCUGUUGAAAGGAGACCUAAAAGGAGUCAAAGGGGAUCUCAAGAAGCCAUUUGACAAAGCCUGGAAAGAUUAUGAGACAAAGUUUACAAAAAUUGAGAAGGAGAAAAGAGAACAUGCAAAACAGCAUGGCAUGAUCCGCACGGAAAUAACAGGAGCUGAGAUCGCAGAGGAAAUGGAGAAGGAAAGGCGCCUCUUUCAGCUGCAGAUGUGUGAAUAUCUCAUCAAAGUGAAUGAAAUCAAGACCAAAAAGGGUGUAGAUCUGCUGCAGAAUCUUAUCAAAUAUUAUCAUGCACAGUGCAAUUUCUUCCAAGAUGGCUUGAAAAUAGCUGAUAAGCUGAAACAGUACACUGAAAAAUUGGCUGCUGACUUAUAUAAUAUAAAGCAGACGCAGGAUGAAGAAAAGAAACAAUUAACUGCACUCCGAGACUUAAUAAAAUCAUCUCUUCAACUUGAUCAGAAAGAGUCUAGGAGAGAUUCCCAGAGCCGGCAAGGAGGUUACAGCAUGCAUCAGCUCCAGGGAAACAAAGAGUACGGCAGUGAGAAGAAGGGCUACCUGCUCAAGAAGAGUGAUGGGAUCCGCAAAGUGUGGCAGAGAAGGAAGUGUGUUGUGAAGAAUGGAAUUCUGACCAUCUCACACGCCACAUCUAACAGGCAACCAGCUAAGGUGAACCUCCUCACCUGCCAGGUGAAACCAAAUGCUGAAGACAAGAAGUCCUUUGACCUGAUCUCACAUAACAGGACGUAUCACUUUCAGGCAGAGGAUGAGCAGGAUUAUGUAGCGUGGGUAUCAGUAUUGACCAACAGCAAAGAAGAGGCCCUGGCUAUGGCUUUCCGAGGAGAGCAGAGCACAGGGGAGAACAGCUUGGAGGAUCUGACCAAGGCCAUCAUCGAGGACGUCCAGCGGAUGCCCGGGAAUGACGUCUGCUGUGACUGUGGCUCUUCAGAACCCACCUGGCUUUCAACCAACUUGGGUAUUUUGACCUGUAUAGAAUGUUCCGGAAUCCAUAGAGAAAUGGGAGUUCAUAUUUCUCGCAUUCAGUCUUUGGAACUAGACAAAUUAGGAACUUCUGAACUCUUGCUGGCCAAGAAUGUGGGAAAUAAUAGUUUUAAUGAUAUUAUGGAAGCAAACUUACCCAGCCCCUCACCAAAGCCCACCCCUUCCAGUGAUAUGACUGUCCGGAAGGAAUAUAUCACUGCAAAAUAUGUAGAUCACAGGUUUUCAAGGAAGACUUGCUCAUCUCCAGCAGCUAAACUGAAUGAAUUGCUUGAGGCUAUCAAAUCCAGGGAUUUGCUUGCACUAAUUCAAGUCUACGCAGAAGGAGUUGAGCUCAUGGAACCACUCCUGGAAUCUGGACAGGAGCUUGGCGAAACUGCCCUUCAUCUUGCAGUCCGAACUGCAGACCAGACAUCUCUCCAUUUGGUUGACUUUCUUGUUCAAAACUGUGGGAACCUGGAUAAGCAGACGGCCCAGGGGAACACGGUGCUCCACUACUGCAGUCUGUAUGGUAAACCUGAGUGUCUGAAGCUGCUUCUUAGGAGCAAGCCCACCAUGGACAUCGUUAACCAGGCUGGAGAAACUGCCUUGGACAUAGCAAAGAGACUAAAAGCUACCCAGUGUGAAGAUCUGCUUUUCCAGGCUAAGUCUGGAAAAAUCAAUCCACACGUCCAUGUGGAGUAUGAAUGGAAUCUUCGACAGGAGGAGAUGGAUGAAAGUGAUGACGAUCUGGACGACAAACCAAGUCCUGUCAAGAAGGAGCGCUCGCCCAGGCCGCAGAGCUUCUGCCACUCCUCCAGCCUCUCCCCACAGGACAAGCUGACACUGCCUGGCUUCAGCACUCCACGGGACAAACAGCGGCUCUCCUACGGAGCCUUCACCAACCAGAUCUUCAUGUCCACGAGCACAGACUCGCCCACAUCACCAACUGCAGAGGCGCCCCCUCUGCCUCCCAGAAACGCCGGGAAAGAACGUAGAAGGCUCUUUUGGAGUCUUUCUGGAACAUCAGGUCCAACUGGCCCACCUUCAACACUCCCUCUAAGCACCCAGACCUCUAGUGGCAGCUCCACCCUAUCCAAGAAGAGGCCUCCUCCCCCACCACCCGGACACAAGAGAACCUUGUCUGACCCUCCCAGCCCACUACCUCAUGGGCCCCCAAACAAAGGCGCAGUUCCUUGGGGAAAUGAUGUGGGCUCCUCGUCUUCAAGUAAGACUGCAAACAAGUUUGAAGGGCUCUCUCAGCAGUCAAGCACCAGUUCUGCAAAGACUGCCCUUGGCCCAAGAGUACUUCCUAAACUACCUCAGAAAGUGGCACUAAGGAAAACGGAUACCAUCCAUCAUCUGUCUCUGGACAAGACCAGUGUCCCACCUGAAAUCUUCCAGAAGCUGUCACAGGUGGCAGAGUUGCCACAAAAGCCACCAUCUGUAGACCUAUCCCUGAAGCCAGCAGAACUUCCCCCCAAGCCUGGAGAGCUGCCCCCCAAGCCCCAGUUGGGCGACCUGCCCCCCAAGCCCCAGCUCUCAGACUUGCCUCCAAAGCCACAGAUGAAGGACCUGCCCCCCAAACCACAGCUGGGAGACCUGCUGGCAAAAUCCCAGCCUGGAGAUGUCUUAGCCAAGCCGCCGGAAGUCACACAGAAGUCACACCCAGUGGAUCUCUCCCCAAAUCUGCAGUCCAGGGAUACCAUCCAAAAACAGGCAUCUGAGGAUUCUAACGACCUCAUCACGCCCACUCUGCCAGAGACACCAGUGCCACUGCCCAGAAAAAUCAAUACGGGGAAAAACAAAGUGAGACGAGUGAAGACUAUUUACGACUGCCAGGCGGACAAUGACGACGAGCUCACAUUCAUCGAAGGGGAAGUGAUUAUCGUCACAGGGGAAGAGGACCAAGAGUGGUGGAUUGGGCACAUCGAGGGACAGCCUGAAAGGAAGGGGGUGUUUCCAGUGUCCUUUGUGCACAUCCUGUCCGACUAGCAUCACGCUGCACCACAGGAUUGUCCAGCUCCUCCCUUCGAGCCUGCUGCCUCCGUGGACUGAGUCCAGUGCACAAUGUGUAUAUAGCUGCUGUUACAGAGUCAGAAACUCGGGGAAGGAAUCAGACUGUGUGUUACAAAUACCCUGUGGUCCUCUUCCUUUGCCAGUAUUAGGGUAGCAUUGGGACCCAGCGCGCCUUACUGGUUUGCCAAAGCCAUCCUCGGCGUCUAGCACUUACUUUUCCAUCUUUCUCUCUCUCGCUCUCCUGCUCUUUAUCUCUCUCUCUGCUGUUUUACAUACAAACAAGAGUAUAGGAACCGCUGGCUUUGCAAGUAGAAGUGGUCUCCAGAACCGUUGAAAGGCAUAGAAUUAACUCUGUUCCUAACAAUGCAGUAUUCGUUGUGUUACAGAAAAUGCAACAUUAGCCAAGAGGUGGCUUCUGUUCUGCAGGUGACACUCAGCUCCGUGACAGAGCAGCCCGUAGUGACCUAUCGGUGUGCACAGUUUACAGUUACACAAACCUGCUGUGGUAUUUAUUACAGAGAAGUGCUCAGUUCCAUAGAAGUGUUACUCCUUCAGCGAAAUACUCACCCACUGACCCCAAAGUCCUUGUGACGUUUUAAAUGCACACAGCCUCAUGCCAGUUUAGAUGAGUGGAUUUACACAGUCUUACAGUGAUGAGCGCCCGCCCCUGAGAUUACCUCAUUAUGCAAAAAUAACAUAUCCUUCAUGAAUAUUUGGAGAAAAGUUUAGAACGUGACUGAUGCGGUUCAGCUUUCAAGAACCAAGGACCACCAUAAAAUACUAGCCUCAACAUUAUGCAUGCAUCUAGAAGCUUACCUGAAAUCUGCCUUUUAUAAAGGAAUAGUAUGGAUAAGUGGAACUGUACAUUUUUUUAAACUCGAUUGCCAUUAAAGCAGAAAUUAUAAGGUUGCAA